UGUUCUUCAUUCAAUAAAGACUGGAAAAGGUGUCUUGUGUUUCUGCAGACAUAUUUCUGUUUGCUAUUUUGUUUCUGCUUUAUUAAUAUCAAGAGAUGGGCACGAUACACCAUGAGUUUAUGAGCAGUGCUCUUCGAAUGGCAAACCUGGCGUUUGAGUCCGACGAAGUUCCUGUGGGCUGUGUCUAUGUCCACGACGGCAAGAUCAUAGCCGAGGGAAUGAACGACACCAAUCGUUCUUUAUGUGGCACGAGACACGCCGAAUUUCUCGGCAUCGAAACGAUCCUGCAAACACACCCGGCCUCGAUCUUUGAGGAAACGGAUCUAUACGUGACCGUCGAGCCCUGCGUCAUGUGCGCCUCGGCGCUGCGGCAGCUCAAGAUUCGGGCAGUGUACUUUGGGUGCGCUAAUGACCGCUUUGGCGGCUGUGGAAGCGUGCUGCGGAUUAAUUCAGAUGAGGGUGUGGAGAGGCCGUAUCCAGCAUAUCCCGGGUUUUACAGAGAAGAUGCCAUCAUGCUCCUCCGCCGCUUCUAUCUGCAAGAAAACGAAAAAGCACCGGUUCCGAAAGCGAAAAAGAGCAGGGAGCUGAAAACAGAUUUCUCUCCGCUGGAUCUGGGAAAAUACGUGCCCCGGGCGGAGAUCGAGCAGCUGUACGGGAAAGACGCGUUGGCGUCGUUAGAGGAUGGGAAGGAUAGUAGUGAAAAGGAAGCGUGAUUGCUCGGAUCAGGAGAGGUUGUAUAUAGAUUUUGUGGUUUAUACAUUUCGGGACGGCGUUUCUUUGAGGA